CGGGAGAAGUGGUCUGGUGACCUAGAACAAUCAAUCAGCGUUCGGCUUUCACCUUCACACCAUCAUUGAGGGGGGUAAAAAGCUGAGCUCUGAUUGGCUGCGCUUCGUCAGGGGCAUAUAAGCAGAGCUCUGAUUGGCUGCGGUCUGUGAGGGGGAGAUAAACUAAACUCUGAUUGGCUGUGCUUUAUAAGGACUCUAAUGCUUUCUCUAUAUGUGGUAGACGUCUACCUGCCCUCCUCCUGGCGUGUAUUACUAUGUGUACAGUACUGAAGAGCAGUUACUAUAGGGAGGUAUAGCUAAUAAACUAUGUCAUCGCUCAUUCUAUAGAAUUCAGUGUGUCUGACUGAUCAGGAAGUGGCUCGAGCUCCAUCUAGUGGUCGGCUGUAGAUAUGACAGCCCAGCCAUAGAGUGUUGUUGUAGGAGGGUCACGAGGAGGGUCUUGUGAUCAGAUUAUUCCAAAAGAAAGCUCCGAUACCUUCAUGUCUCCUUCACAGCUGAGGCCUCUGCUGUCAUAGAGAGGAACACUGGAGCCAUUAUAUUAUGGGGCUAUGAGGCUGCGCUGUAUUUACUGUUUGCUCGUAGUGGAGAACUUGAUGGCAAUGGAAUAACUGUGCAUUAACUCCAUGGCAUCUCCCUUUGUUUCCGAGUCCAGACCAGUGUCAUGGAUGAAUUAUUUCUUUCUCUAUGAUGGAUCAAAGGUGAGGGGAGAGGCUGACCCCACAAGGGAUGGCAUUAACUACUUCUAUCCUCCUCAGACAGUUAUUGACCAGCAGGAAUUACUAUGUGGACAGAUAGCAGGAGUAGUUCGCUGCCUGACCGAGAUUGCCAACUCUCCUCCCAGUCUUAUUCGGUUACGAAAACAAAAAUUUGCAAUUCAGGUUCAUGGGGAGUAUUUGUGGGUGCUUGGAUGCUCUGUAGAUGUGUCCGAUGUCACUUGCAAGUGUUUCUUGGAGGAUCUGAUCGGACUGUUCCGAUUUUAUAAUGGACCAUUAUGGCAUGCUUACCGGGUUCGUUCCCAGGUUGAGCUGAGUGAGGAAUGGAAUCUUUACCUAGAACAUGUACAGAACACCUCAGACCUUCACAAGAUCUUCAACUCCCUCAGCCAUGUGGAUAAAACUAAAGUAGAUCCACUUCUCUUGUUGAAAGCUGCUCUGAUUUUGCAGACAUGUCAGCGCUUUCCCUACAUACUAGCUGGCUGCAUUAUAUACAAAAAUCGAGUAGUGAGUACACAGCUACCUUCUUCACUGACUUCAAGGGUUCUCCUUCAAAGCUUUGAACAAAAAUCACCCACGGGCACUUUCCAAAGACAAGAUGGCUUGUUACCUCAGGAUGUCUAUAUGAUCCCAGUAUUUGUCAUGGAAAAAGAAGCAACUGCACUUCGCCAAUACCCAGUUCAGUGGAUGACCAGAAUGCCAAGUUCCUCAAGAAGAAGUUCCAGUAUUUCCCACAGCCUCAGCGAAGAAGCCCAGAUUAACCAGUCCCAUGCCUCACAUGGGGAGUCCUUUGAUAAAGAGAAAAGAAAUGCAGGACCUGCAUCAUUAUUAAAGGCAAAUGUUUCACCUUUGUCAGAAGAAAAUGUCAGAGCUAAAAAUGACAGUACCGCCUCAGACUUCAUGUUUCUGGGAACCACAACACACACUCCUGUACAAAGCUCCUCUCCUUUUAAACCGAUAAAUCUGCUUCAUACAGGCAUUGAGGAUUAUAAAGAUGAUGCCAAAGAGAUAAGCAGCUCAGAAGAUGUGUUCAUAGACACCAGUCCUAAGAACCCAUCUCUGAUGGCUACUGGAGACCAAAGAAAGCAUCUUGUGUCACAGCGUGCAGCUGAAAGUGAACAUUUGUCUACAGGGAGUUUUGUUACUUGUCAUUCCUCGGUUGAGUUAGAAAAAAGCAGCCCUGGUGAAUGUGUUUCCUCCACUCUGGAGGACAGCCAAGUCACCGUGAACAAAGACGAUUCACUAACCGUGGAAGAGAAUUCUAGAGACCUUCUAGGGGAUGAGACUGCUGAGGACCGACUCAUGAUUUUGGAUAUUACAGAGAGUGACUCACAAAUUAGCCUGAAAGAUUCUGAGUCCAAGGUGAUCACAUCGUCAUAUGACAGCACAGACACAGGAAGCCAGUUUACGAAAUCUUGUAAUAUCACGGACUGGACAUUGACGCUGAAUGCUAAUCCACAAAACAGCAGCUCCAAACUGGUGCAGAUGGUACUGUAUGUCCAUAACGUGAAAGGCUUAGUGCUGGCUCUAAUAGCAGAAAGUGAUUUUAAAUACAUCAAGGAGACUGUUCAAGAUGUGCACGACAGCACAUUGGCUUCUCUCAAUGGUUUAGAAGUUCAUCUGAGGGAGACUCUACCAGUGGACAAUAAUAAUUUAUCAAAGAGCACCUACAACUUUACCCACUAUGAUUCUAUCCAGAACACUCUUACUGCCAAUCUGCCAUCAGCUUCAAGCACAAGUGACUGUCAGUUCCUCAGAGCUGCCAACCUGAUUCACUCUGACUUUAGCAUAUACCCAUCUUUACAGGAGGUGACAGUGAGGAACGCCUCAUCAUCGGUUUACGGUUGCCAGAGUGCUGUCCAUGAAACUUACUUCCAGCAGCUGGGUCCUCUAUUCCGAAAUUCUGGAGCUCCAGACCCACAAGACACUGUCUUCAUGCUUCAUAGCAAAGCCAAACAGAAGUUACUGAAACACGGACUCAACUUGCUUUAACAUUGUAACACCUGUUUCCAAACCAACGUGCCUCCAGCUGUUGCAAAACUACAACUCCCAGCAUGCCCGGACAGCCAACAGCUGUCCGGGCAUGAUGGGAGUUAUAGUUUUGCAACAGCUGAAGGCAAUCUGGUUGGGAAACGCUGCCUUAAACUAUGAGAUUGCAGUGAAAGGGAUGAGCAAAAGUAUCUUCCACCGCCAAAACUUUGAUCUUGCAUCUAUCUAUGCCUGAAAUGUUCAACUGGCUUUGUUUUCUACCACGAAUUAAAGUAUUAUCAGCCUGUUCUAAAUAUAAUUGAUUUGUUUACGGAGUAUGAUU